GGUUUGUAUGGGAUUAAUAGAGAGUGGGGAGGCUCUCCGUAGACGGGCUCUGGUUCUCCCCUUAUUAGACAUUCUCUGAACUGUCUCUAAAAUAGCUGUUCCCACAUUCCGACUUCAAAGAACGCGUGCAGUUGGAAGCUUUAUAAUAUCUAUGGUCGGAAGAAUGACGCAAUCACCAUAGACUGGGAACGCACCUAACAAAAAACUCGCAUACUAGCACUAGCUACUAGUUAGCUAGUCAGUAGAUAGUUCCACAAAUUAUGUAGCUACCCGAUUCAGGCUAUGAUACUGCAUUUGUGAGGUUAUGUAUGGUCUACAUUCGCGAUAAGGUCAGUGCCAGAUAAAGCGGACAUCACAAAACCACCUGCAAGUUUGUGAAAUUAUACGUCACACAUUCAUCCCUGGCCAUUAUGGUGGACAACCGUUACGCUACGGCUCUUGUGAUUGGGUCGGUGCUUAGUCUGCUGGCCUGUGUAUACCUGUCGGUAGCGGUUGGCACGCAGCAUUGGUGUCAGUACCAUAGCCCCCCAAUCAGUCAUGAUAGCAGCAAUGCCUCUGAGCUGCGGACCUUAAGGGAGGACUUUCUUGGAGAGGAGAUGGACGAGAAGACGUACAGCGACCCGCUAUUUCGCCUCAAUGGAACGCUUGGUCUCUGGUGGCGCUGUGUUCUCGUGCCUGUCGAUUCUCAUUGGUACAAAGAACCAGAACCCAAAAUGGUGACGCAGUGUGUGAGUUUUACUCUGCCACAACAGUUUGAGGCCAAGUACAGAGAGCCUGGGAACCAUAACACUGGAGAGGACCUCAUCCGCACCUAUCUGUGGAGGUGCCAGUUCUUGUUGCCUCUGGUGUCCUUAGGGCUGGUGUUCUUAAGUGGCCUCAUUGGAGUCUGCGCUUGCCUUUGUCGCAGCCUUACCCCAACAUCAGUUGUUGGAGUGCUACAUCUUUUGGCUGGUUUGUGCUCCCUAGCAACAGUGUGCUGUUUCCUGGCGGGUAUGGACCUGCUGCACCGCGUCUCACCGCUGCCAGAGGUCGUGGACCGCUCUCUAGGCUGGUCGCUCUACCUGGCACUCAUCUCCUCGCCACUCCAGAUGAUGGCUGCUGCCCUCUUCCUGUGGGCCGCCUGCAGCCACCGAAAGAGUUACACCCGCAUGACUGCUUACCGGGUAGCCUAAGCAGCGGCAGCAUCAGCAAACCUGCCCAGACCAUGGCCCUUAAUAGGAGUGGAUUUGUCAGCUGUCUUUUUCUAGAAGAGCUUCUCUCCACAACUAGUCACUCUGGGGUUACUGAAGAUGUGAACAGCUGUAAGCUUCCACAGAAUUACUCUUCUAGUCCUUUUUAACUUCCUGAAACCCUGCUUUUAAUCUUUCAUCCCUUAUUCUGUCCAGCUGUUCUUUCACUUAGUCAAUCAAAUAGGUAAUUUAUGAAUCGUAGUCUGGGGUUAAAUUUGAGAUCAGUUAUCUUAUGAAUAAAAUUUAAGAUACAAAAAUAGGGAAAUAUUUGCAGGGAUACAUUUAGUUCUUGGGUUUGUGAAUGUGCUACAGGGUGAUUGAUGGCUCUCAGGAAUAUGACUAAAAUGUAGCCAGAGAACUCUGCACAUCUGUGCUUUUUGUUCAGCAGUAAAUCCCUUGAGCAGUUUUAAGUUUUACUGGUGCAAGGGAACAUCAUGGAAAGCAUCCAAGCAAGAGUACACCUCCAUAGCAGCAGCAGACCGCUACCAUGAGGGUAUUUAUCCCAUAAAAUUCAGCUCUAUCAUUUUUAACACCAAGAUGGAUGGAAUGGCUAGACCGAUUAAUACAUACACUCUUAAAAUUAAUGCUUUGUCCCCAUCUGGACACAACGCUAGUUGUGUUAUUUUCAAC